UUUCCCUCCCGGAGCUUUUCCGGUUAAUCUGCUCGGCCCCGCCGGCCGCAGCCAAUGGACGCUGCCGUUGAGUUGGGGUUGGGAUUAGCAGGAGGGCGAAUGACUUUCAAUUUUACUGGAUUACAGAACAAAGAACGAGAAGGAGGUGCAAAAAGGACACUUCUACUAGUACUGCUGUGGAAGAAAAAAAAAGAGCGAGAGACGUGGGUACGAAGAUUGAGAUUAAGAUUACGUCCGUUUUUUUGUCGAAGUGUUUUGAGCAACAUUCGUGUUUUUUUUAAACGAUGGAUUAAAAAAAAUUCCGGGAUUGACGGCAACCGACAAAAGCGAUUUAAUCGCGAAUUAAGAGGCCAUGUCUCAAAUGAGGAAGCUGGCAUGUGACGGCGCGCGGCCCACCUCCCGCUGCGACCCUCCGGUUCCGACGCCGUCGGCCCGGCAGGAGAUCCUCACCAGCUUGGUGUCGGCUCUGGACUCCGUGUGUACGGCCAUGUCCAAGCUCAACGCCGAGGUGGCCUGCAUCACCGUCCACGAGGACAGCGUCAUCGCGCUCGGCACGGAAAAGGGGCGAAUUUUCCUCAACUCCAAGCGAGAAAUCCAGACGGAAUUCUACAAGCAUUGCCGGGCGGCCACUUGCCUGCCCAACAUGACCGUCGCCAAAGACCAAGACGUGGAACCGGCGGGCAAGGCGGGAAAGGAAGGCGAGCACGGGAAUCUGGGCAGAGCACCCCCACUCCCUCCGCCACUGCCGCCGCCACCACCUGACACUCAGUCCAACAUUUUUGUCCUGAGGAAGAUGGUGGACGAGGUCUUCACCGUUCUCUACAGUGAAGCGGCCGGAAAGAGCACCCUAGUGCCCGUGCCUUACGAGUGGCUCCAGAAAGAGCCGGCUUGCCUUGUGGCCCGCGGCCUACCGGAGGGCGUUUCCUUGAGGAAGCCAUCCGAGUAUGACUCCAAGACGCUCAUAAAGAUUCUGGAGCAAAGCCACAGGAUACACUUCACCGUCACAAGGCCGACGGAAGACUUGUCUCGCGAAGCCAAGUCGGCGAGCGCGGAGCUGGGCCAUCAAAGCUCUUCCGGCAGCCCCGUGGCUCAGGGCGGCGCUGGCCCAGUCAAGACUACUGCCCAGGUAGUCACACCGUCAAGUCCCGCCACUUCCGCCAACUCUGUUCUCUCAAACUUCCUGUACGGCAUGCCCAUGUCCUCCAAACCCCACCCAGAUGGUCCGCUGGACUUCAAACCCCCGUCGCUCCUCAACCUGGGCAAGGACCGACUGGCCAAGUGGACAGACAAGGGCGCAUGCGGGAAGGAAGCUGCUAGCAUUGAUGAGACAACAAAAGUACUCGGUGAGCAGGGUCAGACACCUGCGAGUGCUCACAUAUCCAAGAGGCUACUUUUCUCCAUUGUGCACGAAAAAUCAGAAAAAUGGGACUCGUUCAUCCGAGAGACGGAGGAUAUUAACACGUUAAGGGAAUGCGUCCAGAUCCUGUUCAACAGCAGAUAUGCCGAGGCCCUCGGUCUGGACCACAUGGUGCCGGUGCCCUACCGCAAGAUUGCGUGCGACCCGGGCGCGGUGGAGAUCCUGGGCAUCCCGGACCAGAUUCCCUUCAAGCGUCCGUGCACCUACGGGGUCCCCAAACUCAAACGCAUCCUGGAUGAGCGACACGCCAUCCGAUUCGUGGUCAGGCGGAUGUUUGACGAAAAGAUUUUCACAGCUGCCGGCAAGAUGUCGAAGGAGGAAAGCAAGCAGGACACCGGGGCCGCCACCCCCGAAGACACUCUGACCGAGAAUCCGAGCCUCACGCCCCCCGCCGCGGAGCCGCCAGUCAAUCCUCACAGCGGCCGGUCGAGCGGCGCCUGCGCGAGCCCCCCGGCCGAGCGCGAAGCAGGUCCUUCGGCAGAUUGCCUGCCCGUGAAGAGGAUUAAAACGGAGCCUCCGGACGGGGACAUCAUUCAAGUGACGGUGCCGGCAGGCGUCUCCGGUGCGGAGGAGGCCAGCGAGCCGCCACCCGAGCCCGCCUCACGCGGGGCCACGUCCUCCCCCUCGCGUCCCUCGGGUGCCUCGGCCCUCCACCACCCGGCGGAAAGCCACGCAGCCGGCGAAGCCUUGUCGUCCAACGUGGCCCCCCAGGGCGUCCGAAGACCCCCUGAAGCCGGAAGGCUGGUGGAGGACAUUGGUGAAAUGAUUCUUCAGCUGCGCGGACAAGUGGAGAACUUAUUCAGCAUGAAGUAUGCGGAAGCUUUGGGCCUCCCCGAGCCUGCCAAGGUGCCCUAUUCCAAGUUCCAGAUGUACCCCGAGGACCUCUUUGUCACCGGCUUGCCCGAGGGCAUCGCCUUGCGUCGGCCCAACUGCUUCGGGGCGGCCAAGUUGCGCAAGAUCCUGGCCGCCGCCAGCCGCAUCCGCUUCGUCAUCAAAACGCCCAAGCUGCUGAGCGAGCGCGUCAAACAAGAGUUGCCUCCCGUCUGCGACUCGGAGCUGGACGCCAAGGAAGUGACGCCGCUGACGGAAGACGCCGCGGCGUUGUCCAAGAGACCCGCUUUCUCAGAGGGCCUGGAGUCCAAGCUGUCCAGGAUCGACCUGGCCAACACCCUGCGGGAGCAGGUCCAGGACCUGUUCAACAGGAAGUACGGCGAGGCGCUGGGCAUCAAGUACCCGGUGCAAGUGCCUUACAAGCGCAUCAAGAACAACCCGGACUCCGUCAUCAUCGAGGGACUCCCCCCCGGCAUCCCCUUCCGGAAGCCCUGCACCUUCGGCUCGCAGAACCUGGAGCGCAUCCUGGCGGUUGCCGACAAAAUCAACUUCACCAUCACCAGACCUUUCCAAGGCCUUAUUCCAAAGCCCGCACCUCGACGGGUCACUUUACUCAAGAAGGCGUACGCUACCAUAAAUGACGACGACGAUGACGACGACGACGUCAACCGAGUCGGGGAGAAGGUGGUCCUCCGCGAGCAGGUCAAGGAGCUGUUCAACAAGAAAUACGGCGAGGCUCUGGGGCUGGACCGCGCCGUGGCCGUGCCGUACAAGCUGAUCCGCGGCAGCCCGGAGUGUGUGCAAGUGGACGGCCUCCCCAAAGACGUGCCCUUCCGCAACCCGGGUGCCUACGACGCCACUUGCCUGGAGAGGAUCCUCCACGCCAAAGAAAAAAUCAGCUUCAGUGUCAAGAGCCAGCUCCAGCCUUUUUCAGAACUGUGCAGUCAGCCUUGCAACACAGCGUUAGCGCCCGAAGCCUCUACCAGUCGACGAAAGCGCAAGCGAGUCCAGGAGACCCGCAGAGGACCCGCCCCCUCCUCCACAGAGCUUGCUCCGCCGGCCAGUCAGAUUCCAGUCAUGUGGCCCAUGUACAUGGUGGACUACAGUGGAGUCAACAUGCAAGUACCAGGAAAAGUCAACUACUGAAGGGAGUCAGAGCGCAGAAAUGGCGUGGUCAACAAUCUGCCAUGGCGAUAAUUAAUGAUGAUCACUAUUGUUGGUUUUUUUUUUCUCAUGUUUGCUAACAUUAGCACUAAAAAAGUCACGUCGUGUAUGUGUGUGCGCGCGCCAUUAGCCUCCAUACCGUUAUUACUAACACUAUAAAUCACAGUGACAUCUUACGUUAAGUUUGUACCUUUUUUAUUUAUUCUAUUUAUUAAAAUGUAACAUCGCCAUGUGCAGGGAUGCUAACUAAAACAAUAACGCUUAGCGGGGGCCGCAUACUCUGGAUUGAUAGUUUUUUUAAAAA